CAAAAUGUCGGGAGGAUCGGAAAGGUUAAAAACGAGAAGGAAUUUGUCUACAGAAAGCUCAGUCAUGGCAUAUCAGUUUUGCUGUCUCUGUCCGGAUAUUUAAGAAGCAGAGCAAGGGAUUCAAUCGAAUAUCCUUCCUGCUCAGACAGUGGGAAUGGAUUCACUUGGUCAUCUCAACUGAAGGUACAUCAGCGAGUUCACACUGGGCAAGGACAUUCAUCUAUUCUGUGUGUGAGAAAGGAUUCAGUCGGUCUGCCCACCUGUGGACACACCAAUCAAUUAACACCGGGCAGAGGCUAGUCAUCUGCUGAAGUUCUGGGAAAGGAUUCACUCCAUCAUCUGACCUCAUAGCACACCAGCGAGUUCACACCAGAGAGAGGCAGUUCACCUGCUCGGACUGGGAAGGGGUUCACUUGGUCGUCUGAACUACUGAGACACCAACGAGUUCACACUGGGGAGAAGCCGUUCACCUGCUCCGUCUGUAGGAUGAGAUUCACUGAUUCAUACACACUACAAAGUCACCAGCGAGUUCACACUGGGGAGAGGCCGUUCACCUGCUCCGUCUGUGGGAUGAGAUUCACUGAUUCAUACAUACUACAAAGUCACCAGUGAGUUCACACUGGGGAGAGGCCGUUCACCUGCUCAGACUGUGGGAAGGGAUUCACACAGUCAUCCAACCUGCAGAGUCACCAGCGAGUUCACACUGGGGAAAAGCCUUUCACCUGCUCAGUCUGUGGGAAGAGAUUCACUCGGUCAUCUGACCUAAUGGCUCACCAGCGAGUACACACCGGAGAGCGGCCGUUCACCUGCUCGGACUGUGGGAAGGGAUUCUCUUUAUCUUCUCGCUUACUGACACAUCAGCGAGUUCACACUGGGGUGAAGCCGUUCAUCUGCUCAGUCUGUGAGAAGAGAUUCACUCACUCUUCCACGCUACAGAGACACAAGCUUGUUCACACUGGGGAGAAGCCGUUCACCUGCUCAGUCUGUGGGAAGGGAUUCACUCAGUCAUCCAGUCUGCAGAAUCAUCAGCGAGUUCACACUGGGGAGAAGCCGUUCACCUGCUCAGAAUGUGGGAAGGGAUUCACUGAGUCAUCACACCUACAGAGACACCAGCGAGUUCACACUGGGGAGAAGCCAUUCACAUGCUCAGUCUGUGAGAAGGGAUUCACUCAUUCUUCCACCCUACGGAGACACCAUCGAGUUCACACUGGGGAGAAGCCAUUUACCUGCUCAGUCUGUGGGAUGAGAUUCACUGAUUCAUCCUACCUGCAGAGUCACCAGCGAGUUCACACUGGGGAGAAGCCAUUCACCUGCACAAUCUGUGGGAAAGGAUUCACUCUGUUAUCCAACCUGCAGUGUCAUCAGCGAGUUCACACUGGGGAGAAGCCAUUCACCUGCUCAGACUGUGGGAAGGGAUUCACUGUUUCAGCUAGCCUAAUGGCACACCAGCGAGUUCACACCGGACAGCGGCCGUUCACCUGCUCAGACUGUGGGAAGGGAUUCACUUUGUCAUCUAAACUACUGAAACACCAGCGAGUUCACACUGGGGAGAAGCCGUUCACCUGCUCAGUCUGUGAGAAGAGAUUCAGUGACUCUUCCGCCCUACAGAGACACCAGCGAGUUCACACUGGGGAGAAGCCAUUCACCUGCACAAUCUGUGGGAAGGCAUUCACUCAGUCAUCCCACCUACAGAGUCAUCAGCGAGUUCACACUGGGGAGAAGCCAUUCACCUGCUGAGAAUGUGGGAAAGGAUUCGCUCAGUCAUCCCAACUACUGGCACACCAGUAAGCUCACAAUGGGGAGUGGCCGUUGUUAUGAUUCCCCAGGUUUCGUUUACUGUGGACUGUCAUUUUGAGAGAAAGAGAGAGAGAUAAAGAAGGUGAAUC